AUAUGGCUGUAUCAUUCUCUGGUGGGCAGCCCUGAUGUUUGGCUUACCCUAAGCUUCAUAGCAUGGAAACACUCAGCAGUCACCAUCCUUUUACGAUAUAUCGACCUGGAUCAACUAUCUCUCAUCACAUUAAUUGCUGUGGUAGCAUGCUUCUUUGGAUAUAAUGUCCUACAAAGGCUGGUACCCGACACCAACAGUGGUCAAACUGGCGACCCUCGACGAAUGCUUGCACCUUGCCGAAUAACACACUCUCGACUGUUCCCCAAGAAGCAUUCGUUUUGUUAUCCAUAUCUUGCUGUUGGAGUUCCAGUAAACUUUGCAGAGAACAGUGAUGGCAUGAUAUCGAUCAAUGGGCCUACAUCAACUUGGAUGUCGGGUUUAUUCAGACCAAAAGCUUGGUUUAGUAUAGAUGCUACUCACCAUUUUCAACGGCAAUCUUUACACACCAGGUUACGAGGCAAGCUAGACGCUUAUCUAGAAUCUGAGGAUGUUGAUCCAUCGCAAUAUCCUCAUGCUUACCUUGUGACCUCGCCGCCGCUUCUUGGUUUUGGCUACAGCCCAGUGUCGAUUUGGUUUUUGUACUCCAACGACAAGAUAUUUUCAGCAAUAGUUGUCGAAAUGCACAACAUAUUUGGGGAGAGACAUUCCUAUUUCGCUGCUCGAAACUUCGAGGCUGAGGCCAAGCAUAUACAGGAUGGAAACUCGGAUAACCAAAAGCUUCAAAGUCCUCAAAUCAAGGCAACAGUACAAAAGGAAUUCCAUGUCUCGCCAUUCAAUUCUCGCAAGGGUUCUUACUCGGUACUUGCGAGCGAUCCUCUUGGACCUGACAUGUGCGGGUCUCGUGGACUCGACAUUACCCUCAAUCUCUUCUCGUCCAAAGGCCAGUCAAAGCUUAUGGCAAAGUUGGUUUCCGAAAAGAAGGCAAUUGAUCCGCGCGAUAUGAGUGUUGCCCAGAAGGCCGGCUUCAUCUUGACUUGGUUUUGGCCAACCGUUGCUACCCUUCCUCGAUUCAUCAAGGAGUCUGUCGUUCUUCUGUGCAGACAUAAUCUUCACUUUUGGUACCGACCCGAACCUCGAAAAAACAGUAUAGGGCGGCCAAGCAGUGAUGUCGAGAAGGUCCUUGAAAGAGUAUUUCGCGCAUAUUUGCGGAAUCUUGUCGAGCGAUCGCCUACGCCAGUCGUCGUUCGAUACACACCAAGCGGAGAUGCUGAAGUCUCUGAAGAGGUCUUGAGAUCGCCUUUGGCAACCGACUCAAGCGAAUCUGCAAACGAGAUCAAGAUUCAGAUUUUGACACCAGUCUUUUAUUCACGAUUUGUUCAUUAUGCGCAUGAUUCAGAGGCUGUCUUUUGUGAGCUCGCUGAAAGCUGCACAUUUUGGACCGACAAGCCCGAGCAAUUGACAAACAUAUUCUUGAAGAACGGAUCACCAUCUCUUCAUGCGUCAAGUAUCGUCGAAUAUGCUUGGUUUCAGCUCAUCAAAAGCAUGAGACGCCGACCGCGAAAGAUCGAAAGACCUUUGACAUCUGUAGACAAAUCGUCACCCCCGACUACCGGCAUUGACAUUCGAGGUUUUCGCAUUUCAUCUAUGGACGCCUUUGUACUUGGGCAAGAAAAUGCCAAAGCGAAGAGGGCGUACAGAAAGGCAGUUCUUCGAGUAUUUUUGGCCGACCGCAUCACUUUUGGAAGUACGGCCCUGCUUGGCAUGAUGGAGCUUCUGGGAAGAGCAGGCAUCUUAUGGACC